AUGGUGACUGCGGACGUGAUACUGCCAUAUGCUCCUGUGGUAGAGACGACCAUGGACCACACCAGCGCUACGGGAGCUCAAGACCAGAACCUUUCCGAGGAACUCGGUGAGCCGGCCUGUUCGGCCAUCAGUGUCCACCUCCUACAGUACUGGGACCAGCACCUCUUGGCGUGGUUUCUUCAGGCCGAAUCGCAAUUUCAAAUCGCUGGUCUCCGCUCUCAAGCCUCAAUGUUUCAUUACGCCGUUGCAGCACUUUCGCCCACCGCCAUUGAAGAAGUAGCAGAUUUGUUGAACUCCCCAUUGUCCGCUGCCGCCUAUGACGAUCUCAAGGCAGCCCUGCUACAACGCACAGCAGCUUCACAGCGUUCUCGCAUCCAGCAGCUUCUGUCCACUGAAGAACGCGGUGACCAACGCCCUAGUCAACUUCUUCGCUGA